CUCGUUUCUUAUGGAAUGCUUUAUAUUCCCUUACGCUUCGAGAAUCAUAAUGAAAAAUGUCUAAAUCAAACACUAUCUUCUAUGGGAUUUAUGAACGGAAGAUUUUAUUCCUCAUCUCUUCUGAAAUAUCCUUCAAUCAUGGCUGAAGAAAAUCAAGUUACUGUUCAAAUCGAAGAAAAUCAUGAACAUCAAGAAGAAGGGGAAGAUGCCGAAGCGGAGCUCGAGGCAAUGAAACAACGUGUAAAAGAAAUGGAAGAAGAAGCAGCAAAACUUCGCGAAAUGCAAGCUCAAGUUGAAAAGGAGAUGAAUUUAACUACAGAAGAAGACAAAGAAGCAAUUGAUGCUCGAUCAAUCUAUGUUGGCAAUGUGGAUUAUUCUGCAACUCCUGAAGAUUUACAGAAUCACUUUCAAUCAUGUGGUACAAUAAAUCGAGUCACAAUUCUUUGUGAUAAAUUUAGCGGUCAUCCUAAAGGAUAUGCAUACGUAGAGUUUGCUGAUCCUAGUUCAGUUGCUAAUGCAAUGUUGUUGGAUAAUACGGUGCUACGUGGACGUCCAAUUAAGGUUACUGCGAAACGUACAAACAUUCCUGGCUAUGCUAGAGGCAGGGGCGGUCGGGGUGCCCGCGCUAGCUGGCGAGGUGGAUUUUAUGGUCAUGGUGCUUACUUUGCUCCAACUUUCAGAGGUCGUGGAAGAGGACGACGAGCUACUGCUUUCGCACCCUAUUAA